GCCGGGUAUGCCUCAAAGUACAGCGUUCAAUCGGCAGCCUUAGGGGAACGGCUGAGCCCACAAGUGAAAGGAUAAAGCAGUGACAAUGAACCGUUGGGUCGCGUUUGUAGUACUGUGCGUUGCCAGUGUGGCUUGUGGGGAAGACGCAGCGCUUCGUACAGCGGACUGGGAGGGACGUAUUGUCAACGGUUUGAACGCGGUUUCGGGCCAGUUCCCGUACCAGGUGUCGCUGACAUCGGCGACGUACCAGCACUUCUGCGGCGGUGCCAUCAUCGGCAACCACUGGAUCCUGACGGCGGCCCACUGUCUCGCCGGCCGCAAGCCGGCGGAAGUGAUCGCCGUGGUCGGUGCGCUGACGAGUGCGCGCGGUGGCUACAACUACGACGUGGAGCAGUUCAUACUGCACCCGAACUUCAACGAGUGGACGCAGCAGAACGACAUCGCGCUCGUGCGCACCAAGUGGUCGAUCAGCUUCAAUACGGCGGUGUUCCCGGUGAAGCUGGCCCGCACGUACACGCCGGCCAAUCGGGCCGUGCUCGCAUCCGGGUGGGGUUUGACCACGCUGAGCGUACCGAAACCGGCCGACCGGCUGCAGUACGUGGCGCUGCGUACGAUCAGCAACGAGGAUUGCUCGGAGCGGUUCCGCAAGCUGCAGAAUCGCGCCAUUACGCCGAGCGUUCUUUGCACGUUCAGCCGCAACGAGCAGGGCACUUGCAUGGGCGAUUCGGGCGGCCCGCUGGUUGAGGAUGGCGAGCUCGUUGGCAUCGUGUCGUGGGGCAUCCCCUGUGCCGUCGGCUAUCCGGACGUGUAUGUGCGUGUUUCAUCGUUCCGCGCCUGGAUCGGCGCAGUCACGGGAGUGUACUGAGCGAGCGACAGGAGCUCGAUUAAAAGCAUGACGACAAAUAAAUCCACGAAUCGUUCCGUUUCUUUGGCUACUAAAA